ACUAGCUUCUCCCUAUCACAUCACGCAGUUGUUAACCAUUUUCACAGAAUGUAAACAUAUCGAUCUGUUGUAUUUUUAUCAUAAUUUAUUGAUUAUCAUUCAGUAACAAGAUGGAAAUGGACCAGGAUACUGCGAAGACGCUUCUAGUUGAAGGAGGUACAUUUGUAUUCCUCGGUGUGCCGGAAGAGACGCAAUUUGGUAUUGAUAUGCAAUGUUGGAAUACUGAUGAAGAUUUCCGUGGAAUCAAAAUGAUUCCUCCGGGACUACACUAUAUACAUUACUCUGGUGUGAGCAAAGGAACCGGAGAUGUAUCACCCAGAUCAGGCUUCAUGCAUUACUUCAAUAAAAAGGAGUUUCUUGUGAAAAUGUGGGACAAGAAGACUGAAGACAUGAGUAAGGAGGAAAUUAGUGAGGAAAGCAUCCAGCGGCUCAAAGAUAACUUGCUCAACCUAGAUCGUCACCUGGGUCCAUACCCUUAUGAAAUAUGGCAAAAGUGGAAAUUGCUGACUUCUCAAGUUACAGCUGUACUGGCACAAAAACUGUCACCAGAAAAUGGUAUCAUCAGGGCAUCAGUAGAACUUAUGUCAACAACUGAUGCUGACAGACCUCGAGGGGUUAAAGCAAACAAAUCUGUUGACAGUCAAGAAAACACCGGAGAUGAUGCUGAAGCAAAAACACCAGAGGGUGAAGAUAGUGCUGGCCAAUCUGAUGCAAAACGGGCAAAAAGAGUAACAAGAGAACAAAAAGAAGACUCAAUGUUGCCAGACUUGAAACCAGCCCCAGGUAUGUCUAUGAGAUUCACAGAGAUUCCUCAAGAUAAAUACCCACCUGGUUCUACUCCUGAAGAAAUCACCAAACAUUACUUAGAUCAGUCUUAUUCCCUGGAGCUGAUGAUAGCCCAGCAUGAAGAGCCUCUUCAUAUAAUUGGAGAACUGCAAUUUGCAUAUCUGUGCUUCCUAAUUGGACAUUCACUUGAAGCAUUUGAGCAUUGGAAAAACCUAGUCAUACUGAUCUGCUCUUGCGACGACGCCAUACACAAAUAUAGAAGUGUAUUCUUCCAUUUCAUAAGAACUAUUGAAGUUCAAAUCGAAGAAAUGCCUGAAGAUUUCUUGGCAGACAUUGUUAUGAACAAAAACCUGGUUUAUAAGAAACUACGAGAGUUCUUUCGUACAGCAUAUAUGAGUAAAGUUGAUGGCAGACUCUUGACAAUGAUUGAACGAUUCAAAGAGAAUUUGACAGAAAAACUUCAGUGGGAUUUUACAGGAUUGGAUGCUGACGAUGAAGAUGAAAGACCAGUCAUCGUAAGAUUAGAUGGAGAUGAAGAUGUAGAAUAAAAUAUAUAUUUUUUAUUUUAGGUUUUGAAUUCAUUUCUUUUGGUUUGUGUAACCAAUAUCGAAUUGUGUAGUUGUGUACUGUGUACAUUCAAUUUUUCUGAUAAUAUAUAAGUAGUGAUCCUUAACUGUCGCCCCACUAACUGUGUUUUAAGUCCUACUAUGAUAUAAAAUAUGUUUCUUACACAUGUAAGUACCUAGCACUUGUUUUCAUACUGGAUUUUAUAAUUAUUAUACCACAACUUUAGGUGUCAAAUUCUAGUUAAUAUAUAUAUCUACUAAAUUGAGUCAAAUAUAAUAAAUCAGGAAAAAUUCCAAACAAUUCAUUUUAUCUUUUCAAUAUAUUUUCUAUUCAAUUGUCUAUAUAGUUAUUUGAACUCCAAAGUAUGAGAAAAGUUGGCACCUGCACACACUCUUUCAAAUUUGAUGUUAUUACAUUCUUAGUAAAUAAUUUUUAGCUUCAAGAAUUAGUAGAAAGCAAAUAGAUUUUCUUCACAUAAGCUUAAAAUUAAAGCAUCUUGGUGUUAACUGUGAUGGUAAAUUAAAACAUUAAAAUGUACCUGCAUUUA